AUGGAGGCAUUGAGGGAAAAGCUGAGCCACAACGCGCAGGCAUGCCAGGUGCGCGAGCUGCAGCGCAGGCUGCCCCACGAGCUGGCCACCAGGCAAGCGCGGCUGGCCAACGACGCCGAGGCGGCCACCAAGAAGAACACGCGCCAAAGCAUACAGCGCCAAAAGCGGAAGGACAAGCUCGCUCCUCCGACGGAGUGGGAAGUGGAGGAACUGUGGGAGGAGGCGCGAGAGGAGGUCGGUGGGCUGCUGCCGGAGGACUGGCGCUACGACGAGCAGGGCUAUUGCUACGCUGAUCGCUGCAUCGACUGGCUCUCGCACUCCGAUGAGCAGAAGAGGCUGAGCGCGCUGUGCAGCCUGCAUCAAUUUCUAUCGCCGCUGCCUGCUGAUCGACACGACGGCGACCAGCGCAAUCACAUCGCGCUGCUGUGCAGCGACCACGCCGACGAGAUCAGCGCCCAGCUGCGCCGCACUCUCGACGCGACCUCCCGCGAGCGGUCCGUGGCGGAGAAGGCUGUGGCGGUGCAGGUGGCCGGCCUCCUGUGCCUGUGGUCGCGGGAGUCACUCGAAGCCGCGCGCCUGAGCAAGCUGCUGGCCGCACUGGCCACCACCGCAACCACACCCGAAGGCGCGAACGACCAGGCCAGCGCCAGCAAUGACAGCCACCUGGAGCUCAACCACAACGACCUUCGCGCCGCAGCGAUCGAGGUGCUGGGCGUGGUCAACUUCCUCGAAUUCUACGGGGCGUAUGUGCAGAAGAUGCGGAUAGACGACGAGGUGGAGGCGGUGGUCCAGGCCACCUUCAUGCCGGCGCUGCGGGCCACCGACAGCGGCAGUGGUUCGUCGGCCGCCGCUGCUUCGGUGGUCGGUCCCGUCCUGCAUACCCUCGGCCUGAUGGGCUCGCUCUGGUCCCCCGCGCGCCUGGCGACCUGGGUCGAAGAGAAUGUGGAAUUGAUUCUGGAAUGUCUGGGCCACGACGCCAUCGUCGUGCGCCAGGCCGCUGUCGACACGCUUCUCGUCUUCUUGUCGAUCGUCCACGACCAGGACGAUGACGCCGAUGACAGCAACGAGGAAGGAGGUGGCGAGAAGGAGGAAGCGGUGGCCGCCUGGGCGCAGAUCGGCCAACACGACCUGUAUCGGCUGGCGGCCCUGGUCGAGCCGCUCGUCGACACCUACUGUCGGCGAAGAAACCUCGAGGAGAACCACCUGCGGCGCACCGCCAAGCGACUCCUGCUCCUCAUCCGCCGCCUGGAGGAGGACCUCCGCAACGGCGCCGACGCCGACGAUGGCGAUGAGAAUGACGACGAAGACGACGAUAACGACGAGGCGGGGGAGGACACGCCCUAUCUGCGGUUAGUGCUGGAGAACGCGCCCGUCGACCACGAUGCGGUGGUCUACCAGCCGGAGCUUAUCGUCUACACCGAACGACAUAUGAAACAGAUGCGGGCGCUUAUGUCGGUGACGGGGCCAUCGCUGUCCAUCUACGCGCAGGUAGAGCACCCGCAUGUUCUUGCCACCAUGGGCGACGUGUUGGUGGACCUGAUCCGGGUCAUGGUCGAGGAGAACGAGCUCGUGGUCAGCUAUCGGACCAUCAUCGAUCGCCACUCUCCCUCUGUGAGCAUCGACCCCGAGUCCAUGGAGCCCAUCCGAAAGCACUACAACUACAAAAGGGUUAAGGGAAGCAACAAGAGCAAGGGCGUCAUGGACCGAACCUACGCCAACCCGCUCGCGCUGCCGAAGCCGGCGCACCCCAAGAGCGCCAAGCGGCUGACCUGGGCCGAGGCGUACAUCCUUCGUGGCGGGCGGGGCAGCAUCUCGUGCGGUGGCGGAAUCAUCAUGGCGCGGAGAAUCAGCGACAUGGGCGGCGACGUUGUCAAGCCAGCACGGUUGGAGGAGAACACCAACAGAGAGCGAGAUCCUCGCAACGUAACGUCUGUGAUGGAGCACGUCAACGCCAACGCUCAGCCGCGCUUCGUGCCUGUCUCGUAA